AUGGAGGGAAACAAUGAAAAUGGAUACAGAUGGGAUAAAACAGAAGAGGAAGACAACGUCAUAGAAAAGGAGGAAGAGCAGGACGUCGCCGGAAAGCGCGACAAGGACCAGGAACGCGAAGCGCAACACUGGAUCGAAACGCUGCUCGGCGAAAAGUUCGCCGCCGGUUUCACGUACGAGGACUGCCUGCGGGAUGGCAUCCUGCUGUGUCGGCUGAUGAACCGACUAUCGCCGGGAAUCGUGCCGAAGAUCAACACCAACGGGGGCGACUACAAAAUGAUGGACAACAUCAGUCAAUUCCAAAAGGCCUGCAUCAAAUACGGCGUCGCGGAUGUGGACCUGUUCCAGACGACCGAUUUGUGGGACAAGAAGAACAUUGCCCUCGUUACGACGACCAUCUUUGCCGUAGGUAGAGCGUGCUAUCGUCAUCCCGAGUUCCGUGGCCCCUAUCUCGGUCCGCGUCCGUCGGAGGAAAAUCGACGUGAGUUCACCGAGGAACAGCUGCGGGCCGGCGAGGGUCUGAUCGGCCUGCAGGCCGGAUCGAACAAGGGAGCCACCCAGGCCGGGCUGAACUUUGGAGCCACGCGAAAAAUUUUGCUCGGCAAGUAAAGUAAACAUCAAAGCAGGCCAACUACACCAACCUUUUAUUUUUAUCGCCACGUAGUUCGAGCAUGUGGUCGUGAGUUAAAACCACGUGGCCCCGAAAGAACGACAGAGCAACUUCGGUAAAUUAUUUAUUUAUUAAACACACGCUUACUUUGUUUUGUCUUUUUCAAGAUUAUUUUUACCAAUGUUGGGUAAGCUUCCGUGCAGCGAAAGUAUUAUUCAAAAUGUAUUUUAUUGAAAACUUGUUUUC